AGUUGUCUUUCAAUCGCGAACACAGUGGGUCGAAUCACUUGUUACCGACUGGUAGUCCAAUGAAAUAUGCGCGUUAUCAUUUUUGUUACUUUAGUGAAAUCCAAUGAUUGGCUAAUUGAGGUUUAUCACAGUUUUAUAGAUAAAAAAAACCAGUCGAAUUUCAUGGAAUAUCUGUUAAUGUCAGUGCGUAAUCAUUGUGGCUAUCAUGAAGCGGAUUUUUGGUGUUUCGUUCAGUGAGUGACGAAAAAGUUGUUCAAUAUGUGGGGAGCGGCCGUGUCUAAUCCACCGCAUUACCAUUACAUACAAGGACCGGGAAUUGUUCCAUCGCAUGGAGGUCCAGCGGGUCCUAUUUUGUCUGGACCGAGCCCUCGUCAUCUGAAGCCGCAGUCUUCAUAUUCUUUGCCCCACGGCAGCAACGGUCCCGCACGCUGGAGUUGGUCCGGCACUCAAGUGUCUUCUUUUGAUCGGAGGCAGUUGAAGGUUCCUCCACAGCCUGCUCGUCCAGCUCCGGCGCGACCUUCACAUAAUAGACAUGCAGGAAACAGUAAGGUCGACCCGGAGCUGAUCUUCACGAAACAAGAGAAGAUCGGCAAAGGUUCCUUCGGCGAGGUGUUUAAAGGCGUGGACAAUAGAACCCAACAGGUUGUAGCCAUUAAAAUAAUAGACUUGGAAGAAGCCGAAGAUGAAAUCGAAGAUAUUCAACAAGAAAUCAUGGUGCUGUCACAGUGUGACAGUCCAUACGUCACUAAAUAUUAUGGAUCAUACUUGAAGGGAACAAAACUAUGGAUAAUAAUGGAGUAUUUAGGCGGAGGCUCCGCCCUCGACCUCAUGAAAGCGGGUAGUUUCGAAGAAAUGCACAUAGCUGUGAUACUAAGGGAGGUACUCAGGGGACUGGAUUACCUGCACUCAGAAAGAAAACUCCACAGGGAUAUUAAAGCCGCCAACGUUCUGCUUAGCGAGAUGGGAGACGUUAAAUUGGCUGAUUUCGGUGUGGCGGGUCAAUUGACGAAUACGACAAGCAAACGCAACACAUUUGUCGGGACGCCUUUCUGGAUGGCCCCCGAGGUCAUCAAGCAAUCGUGUUACGACAGCAAGGCGGACAUCUGGUCGCUGGGCAUCACGGCCAUCGAACUAGCGAAAGGAGAGCCGCCCAACUCGGAACUACAUCCGAUGAGGGUCCUAUUCUUAAUACCGAAGAACAAUCCGCCUCAGUUAACGGGCAGUUAUUCGAAGCCAUUCAAAGAGUUUGUCGAGGCGUGCUUGAAUAAGGAUCCGGAAAAUAGACCGACCGCGAAAGAGUUAUUGAAGUUCCAGUUCAUUAGGAAGGCCAAGAAGAAUUCUUAUUUAAUAGAUCUUAUAGAUAGGUAUAAGAAGUGGAAGGCACAACGGAGCGAAGAGAGUGAAACCGAAUCGGAGAAUUCAGAUUCAGAGGAGAGCAGUCGCUCGCUGGAGGCGGACGAGCCGUGGAUUAUGACGGUGCGGGGAGGCGCCCUGCAGCCCCCCGCAGACCUCGACAACAAGCGGCGCGCGCAUCUCGACGACACAGCGAUCGUCGGAGUGAGCGGCGGCGCCAGCAAGCAGAACGGGGCCGAGCCAGUUGUCCACGAGCCGCACCUGCCACUCAACAACAACACUAACGAGAAACACACGGCGAGACAAACGUCAAAUGCCCAAGUGAAUUCAGAACAGAGAGGGACGAGGGAGCGCGACCGAGAGCGGACCGACCGGGAGCGAACGGACAGACAGGAACAUCAGAACUCGAACAGGGACAGCGUUGUCUACAACAAUACUUCUUCACCUCUCGACCACAGAGGAGCAAACGAGGAGAACAAAGUAAGGAGACACCCUUAUCUGCAGCAACUCAUUUAUCCGCUGCUGAACGAGGUGUCCCGCGGGAAGGGAGCGGGCGCGGCCAGCGCGGUGGACGAGCUGCGGCGCGCCUUCGAGCUCGCGGAGAGGCACGCGCCGCACCUCACGCGCGCCUUCGUGCAGCAGAUCGUGCAGCGGGUGGCGACGCACAGCCACGCGCCCAGCGCGCCCUCGCACAACUCCUCGCAGCACUGGAUGAGGGAUCUAUAAUGGCGCUUGUAGCGGUCGCACUUCACACGCGCCGGUCACACGUAUAUAUGCCUUAUUGUUCACGGAAUAACGUUCACUAUUCUAAAAAAAAAAAGUCUUAACGCUAUUCGAGUUAACUCUUCAAUAUAAAGUAGCGUCGAAAGGAAAAUAUUAAUAUUUUUUGUAAGUAAAUGUAAAUUUUAUUAAAUUUUAAUUUGAAUUUUUUUUUUUUUUAAUAAUAUUUGUAACUAUACAAUAGUUUGAAUACGUUCAGUCAUAUAUUUCGAUGUUGUAUGAUUUCACGAUUUGUUUUUUUUUUAUUAAUUUCGUUUAGGGGUUGAACGUGCGCAGCCGCAACCCAGUCACAAAGUUGCAAUGCCAUAGUUUAACUAAAAAACAAAAAAAAAA